CACAACUCACAAGGGCCAUAAGCCAUUAACUCCGUCUCUCCUUCCUCGUCUCUUACCAAUUCAAAUCUCUAUUUGCUUCUUUCUAUAAUUUCGUUUUUUUUUUUUUUGUUAUGAAUACUGCAUCUUCCUUCUCUGUAGAAUUCUAGAAUUCUCUUUUCAUGGCGAUCUGCAACUCGCCUGUCAGUGCGGCCACGUCGUCAUCAAGCCCUCACGCCGAUUCAGAUCUCGACUUCUCCAUUCGGAAGAGGUUCGGCGGGAAGGGGAAGGCCGUGGCGGAUUCGUCGCCGGAGACGGAGACGGCGGCGGCGGUGCUCGAAGCAGAGAAGUCGGUGGGCGAGGUGGGGAGUGGCGGUGAUCGAGUGGAAUCGGGGAGUCAGGUGGUGAGGAAUGGGGAGAACGGAGUGGCUGAGGUUGCCGCGAAAUUCGCGUACCGGCCGUGUGCGCCGGCUCACCGGAAAGUGAAGGAAAGUCCUCUCAGUUCUGACGCCAUUUUCAGACAGAGUCAUGCGGGUCUCUUCAACCUCUGUAUAGUAGUGCUUGUAGCUGUAAACAGCCGGCUUAUCAUUGAGAAUCUUAUGAAGUAUGGUUGGUUAAUCAGGGCUGGUUUUUGGUUUAGUUCAAAAUCAUUGAGAGAUUGGCCACUCUUUAUGUGCUGUUUAACCCUCCCAAUCUUUCCACUUGCUGCUUUUGUGGUUGAAAAGUUGGCUCAACAAAAGUAUAUCUCUGAGCCGGUUGUUGUCUCUCUUCACAUCAUAAUUACUACAGCUGCAGUUUUAUUUCCAGUUUUGGUGAUUCUAAGGUGUGAUUCAGCUGUUCUCUCUGGUGUCACACUAAUGCUCUUUGCUUGCAUUGUGUGGUUAAAAUUGGUAUCUUUUGCACAUACAAAUUAUGACAUGAGAGCAGUUGCCAAGUUAAUUGAUAAGGGGGAUGACUUGUCCACUUCAUUGAAUAUGGAUUACCCUUAUGAUGUCAACUUCAAGAGUUUGGCAUACUUCAUGGUUGCCCCCACACUAUGUUACCAGCCAAGCUAUCCUCGCAGCACAUGCAUUCGGAAGGGUUGGGUCUUUCGCCAAUUUGUCAAGUUGGCAAUAUUUACAGGUGUUAUGGGAUUUAUAAUAGAACAGUAUAUUAAUCCAAUUGUUCAGAAUUCUCAGCACCCUUUGAAGGGGAAUUUUUUUUAUGCAUUGGAGAGGGUUUUGAAGCUUUCUGUUCCAAAUUUAUAUGUGUGGCUCUGCAUGUUCUACUGCUUUUUCCACCUCUGGUUAAAUAUACUUGCUGAGCUUCUUCGUUUUGGGGACCGUGAGUUCUAUAAAGAUUGGUGGAAUGCAAAAACAGUUGAGGAGUAUUGGAGAAUGUGGAAUAUGCCUGUUCAUAAAUGGAUGGUUCGCCAUCUCUAUUUUCCAUGUCUACGGAAUGGGAUAUCUAAGGGAGUUUCUGUGGUGAUUGCCUUUGUCAUAUCUGCCAUAUUCCAUGAGCUAUGCAUUGCUGUACCUUGUCACAUGUUUAAGCUUUGGGCUUUCAUUGGAAUUAUGUUCCAGGUUCCCUUGGUUUUGGUCACAAAUUACUUGCAAAAUAAGUUCAGAAAUUCUAUGGUGGGAAAUAUGAUCUUCUGGCUGUUUUUCAGCAUUCUUGGUCAGCCAAUGUGUGUGCUUCUAUAUUACCAUGACUUGAUGAAUCGAAAAGAGACAACUGACUCAAGCCUCUGAAUUCAACUCCUCCUAAAGCAUCUUGCUGGUUUGGCCGCGACACUUAUGGAGAACUUAUAUAGCCCUACAUGUCCCUGAUCCAGUGCCAUUGUUAACUCUGUCCUGCUGCAUCACCCAAUUUGGAUAGCCUCUUGAAGUUUCACAUGUCAUUGCAUGUAUUUUUCUUGUUGAGCAGAGAACUUAGAAUCAACGUGCAAAUUUUGAUACAUCCAAUUGGUGGACAGAAUAUCUGUGGUGGUAAUUUGCAAAUGAGUCAUAUUCAGUGCUACUAUGGUUUUGGCCGACUCCGGCAAGAUGAUUAGGGUUUGCAAGGGAAGUUGAAGUUCUACACUUCAUAAUUGUUAAUAUAUGCAGUGGAAUUUCUUUUGCUCGAUUCAUGUUUGAUGAAAUGGGCGAGCAAAUACCUUUCUUAUUUUGGGAAAACGUGUCUCUAUCAAAUCCAGAGAUUACAAUUCACCUUCUGGAAGGUGGGCCUGUAUCUUCUUUUUCUUGUAUAUGACCAUUGGGGAAAAGAAUCACAGAA